CACUCACCAUAGCUGAAAACACAGGGCUUCACAUUUGGCAAUAACACAUAUGAUGAUUUAAAAACAGUUACAAGCAGCAUCCAAGUAGGUCAUCAGACAAGAAUAUCUUAAUCCUUGAAAGCACAGUCUCAUCCGCACAUCUCAGCUACAGCAUAACAUCAUGCAGCACAGCUCCAUGGCUGGCAACUGGAAGCACAGCAAGGGUAUGCACCCUGCCACGCGCAUUCCUUGCGCAAUCCCGAUGGUACCUUUCUGCCAGCAUCACCAUGUAUACUUUCAGAGCAAUUUCCCUCUUGAGCACGCUGCUCCUGGUCGGGCUUAGUGGCGCGUCCACAACCACGGUUGGAAUUGAAACAGAAGAAGGGAGUCGGUCGGUCCAGGUGCCGUUGAACGAGUGUCACCAAAUGGGAGAAUUUGAGGUGUAUGGGGUUUUCAUCUCGCGAACAUGCCGUCUCUUCACUGGAGUAGGCUGCACAGGACGCACCACGCUGCUGCAACCCGGCCAGCACUCUUCCUCCGAGGCAGUCUACAUCGACAGCCUGUUUUGCUAUCCGUGAGCGAACCAUGUAUUAGGGUGUAAUCCUUUUUGUCGAAUGAGUCUGUCACUGCCACUGUAACAUACCCCGAGGAAUUCAUCGGAUCCGAGUGCUCGUUAGUGGAAUGCUGAUCGUCAACUCAAUCGAUCUUGGCUGCCAGAAAUCAUCAUUCGUAGUUACAUCUACUUGAUUUGUGCAGCUGUAAACAAGAGAGCCAAGAUGUGGCGCGGACCAAGCCUGCAAACUAUAUGUCCAUGUUGGUGCCUAACAAUAUCUCAUCGAGGGAUAUUCAUACUCAGCAGAGGUUGUGGCGGUCCACAACGUAGUACUAUUUACAGAUGGAAUGAGACAUGUAUAAAGCCCAGUCCUCCUACUUCCCAUCUACUCCUACCACGAAGCAAUACCAGAACAAUGCAUUGGACCAGUUUUCUUCUGCCAGCACUGGCAGCCGCAGGCACAAUACAGCAAUGCA